AUGAUGUCUUUCACCGGCCUGGAGAUGAACAUGUGCGCCACACGUAAACGAAUCACUAAUGACACCAAUGCCAAGGAGGUGCCCUGCUUCAUCGCAGGUGAAGUGCAAGUGGACGAGAACAUAGCUCUGACUUCACUUCACACACUAUUCUCAGGAGAUCACAAUAGAGUUGCUCGAGCUCUGAAGAGGAUAAAUCCCCAGUGGGACAGUGAGAUGCUGUAUCAGGAGUCCCGUAACAUCCUGGGAGCAUACACCCAGGAACAGCGUGUCUCUCAUCGGAACAGGGCCUGA